ACAGUCACUGUGAUGAGCUCCCGGUCACAUGAACAUUUCUCCGUACGUGUAACCGGCACGGCGACUGAUACAGAGCCUCGGAGGAAAAGGAGCAGAUGCGCUAACACCCCGUAAUGAUAAUACGGAACUGAAAUCUCCGUCUCUGAGUGCGGCGGAAAUGUCGGCCCACGGGGAAUGAAGUCAGAAAGGACAGGCCGGAAGUGGUAGGCUCGGGCCACGGGAUCGUGGCAUGAGAACCCUCGGGAAGAUCCCAGGCUGCGCUCUGGGGAGGUGAGACCGGGCGCCUAUGUUGGGUGCGGAGGAGGAGACGUUAGCUGUGACCAGGCAGCAUGGCCAAGCUCCAGGGCAUGGAUUUCUGGAGGGAGACCCUGGGAGAGCCCCGCUAUGUGCUGGCCCCGAUGGUGGAUCAGAGUGAACUGGCUUGGAGGAUGUUAAGCCGGCGACACGGGGCUCAGCUCUGCUACACCCCCAUGCUGCAUGCACAGGUGUUUGUACGAGAUGCCAACUACCGCAAGGAGAACCUGUAUUGUGAGGUGCGCCCAGAGGACCGGCCCCUCAUCGUGCAGUUUUGUGCAAAUGAUCCUGAAGUAUUUGUACAGGCAGCUGUGAUGGCUCAGGACUAUUGUGAUGCAAUUGAUUUGAACCUUGGUUGCCCGCAAAUGAUUGCAAAAAGAGGUCACUAUGGUGCUUUUCUCCAGGAUGAAUGGGAGCUUGUGGAGAAAAUGAUUCAGCUGGCACACCAUAAGUUAUCUGUGCCCAUCACUUGCAAGAUCCGGGUUUUCCCUGAAAUUGAAAAAACUGUGUCAUAUGCCAAACUACUGGAGAAAGCUGGGUGUCAGCUGCUUACAGUUCAUGGUCGCACCAAGGAACAGAAAGGUCCCCUAACUGGUAUCGCUUCAUGGGAACAUAUUAAAGCUGUGAGGAAUGCGGUCAAAAUUCCUGUCUUUGCAAAUGGGAAUAUACAAUACCUUUGUGACGUGGACCGUUGUAUUCAGGAAACCGGAGUACAUGGUGUCAUGAGCGCAGAGGGAAACCUUCACAAUCCAGCUUUGUUUGAAGGGAAGAAUCCUGUGGUGUGGGAGAUGGCAGAGGAAUAUAUAGAGCUUGCACAGCAAUACCGGUGCCCUCUGUCUUUUGUACGGGCACACCUUUUUAAACUUUGGCACCACAGUUUGCAGGUGUACCAGGACCUACGCGAUGAGCUGGCAAAAGCCAAGUCCUUAGAAGGCAUCAUUGCAGUAAAUAAAGAACUGAAGGUGAAGUGCCAGGAAGAAAUAUCUAAAAGUAAAGAAGGUGAAGAAGUGAAAGGUGACUUGCCGUUUCCGCACUGGAUUUGCCAACCUUAUGUCCGCCCACCGCCAAAAGAUAUUAUGAAAAAGGAAAGUGGUGUACGCGGCAAAAGGGCUCUGGAGGAAGAAGAUGAUGCAAAUUUGGAACAGCUUUCAAAGAACAAACUGAAGAAAAAGCUGCGUAACCCAAACAAAAGUUUAGACGCAUCUAUAAAACCUAAAUAUGCAAAAUGUGACCAGUGUGGGAAUCCAAAGGGUAAUAAGUGUGUAUUCCACCUGUGUCGUAGCUGCUGCAAGAAAACCGCUUUCAAGGAGAUGGCAGACUGUGCAGGUCACGGACUGCUUUUUAAAACCAAAUAUGAGAGAUCUCUUCAGUGCAAAGCUGUGCAAGAUGCAGAUGUGCCAGAAAAGAAUCUAACAGAAUCCAAACUGCCACAGCCAGCUCCUGAGGUCAAAGCCUAAACCCUGUGGAGCCCGGGACUGCUCCGUACAGCCCUUCAAGGGCACCGCUCCUACUGCUUGCUCAGGGAAUUUACAGAGCUCACCGCAUGUGUCUGGGAUGGUCAAUAUCCCACAGUGUAAUGGUGCGGUACACACUUUUUGCACUUCAGAUAUUUCUUUUCAAUGUUUUUAUUUUUAUUUUUUUUAAAGCUUUAAAUAUAUACUGAAUUAUGACUGGACUGAGACGGGUUCCAUUUUUGCCUUUUCUCUUUUUUUUUAAAUAAAUAUGCUGCUACUGGACUUAAAUUCUUGUGUCCUUAAAUGCUUCAGACAGGGAUGACAUGGUGAAAUAACUAGAUUUAGUAGUCUUAAACUUUUCAUAGUUUAGAGAGAAAUAUGAAAAAUAAAGAUCACUUCUACUUA